GGUGCUGGAGCGGUGGAGCCGACAAGCAGCACCAGCACUGAAAACAGAGCGACGAGGCCGAGCCAAGCUCCCCCUGCUCUCCUCUCGACUCGACCCCUUCUCCUUUCUCUCUCUCUCCCCACGCGUGCGCCAUUGCUGCAUGUUCAUGUGAGAGAGUGGUAGCUGGAGAGUAGCAGUCACACACUGACACAGAGGAAGAAGAGCAGAGCUAGCUCUGCCGUUUUCCAGUCCGAUGUGCUGCUACGUGGGCAAGGCCACCAAGAUCUUCCUCUGCCUCGUCACGGCGGUGCUGCUCGCCGGCCUCGUCCUCGGCUUCGGCCUCGCCCACCGGACGCUCUGGGGAGGCCAGAAGGCUGAGCCAGCCUGCCGGUGGCCGCGCUGCCAGCAGCAGCAGCCGAGCAUCGACGGCGGCGGCGGCCCGCUCCCGGUCGCGGGCACCACCACCAACGCGCCGCCGUCCAACCCGCUCACGGAGCCAGCCGUCGCCGUGUUCCCCGGGGUCGCCUCCUCCACCGCCGCGGAGCCGCCGGCGACGGCGAGCGUGCCCUACUACGGGCCGCCCAGGCCCUUCCCCGGGGUCGCCUCCUCCACCGCCGUGCCGCCAGCGGUGACAAGCGUGCCGUACUUCGCGCCACCCAGCCCGUUCCCCGGGGCGGCCUCCUCCACCGCCGUGCCGCCCGCGCCGAACUUCGGGCCGCCCAGCCCGUUCCCCGGGGUCGCCUCCUCUGCCGCCGUGCCGCCCGCGCCGCACUUCGGGCCGCCCAGCCCGUUCACCGUCGGCCUCGGCCCCUCCUCUCAUCCAUGAUAUUAACAGGUUAUUUUGGUUGAAUUUUCUCUCCGGAAGAUUAGAUUUUUUUGUGUUUUUUAUUCUUUUUACUGCUGGUGAUGACUUUUGACACGUUUUGGUGUACACUUCAGUAGGAGUAGUACUCCUAGCUUUUUGCUGUUUUCUGAAGCCUGAAUAACGAGUAUAGCUAGCAAACGGUGCACUGUAAUUAUCUUGUUACUUAAGUACUCCCUCUGUAAACUAAUAUAAAAAUGUUUAGAUCACUACUUUAGUAUUCUAAACGCUUUUAUAUUAGUUUACGGAGGGAGUACUAGAGACUUUAUUGUUUCUCUCUCAAUAAAUUUAUCUUGAUACUUUAUUUUUA